CCGACUCCACCCCAGGGAUCAGCCGAGAGCCGACCGAGGCGACACCGCGACAGGCGAGAGUCCCCAACCCACAAGCCGCCACCGCCGCCGCCUCCCCUUCCUCUCGUCGUCCUCCCCUCUCUCUCUCCCCCUCUGCUAAAACCGAGCUGGGCUGCUGCGGAGAGGACUUCUGAUCCGUCCAGGCUUGUGGUACAGGAAGCUCUUGAGCGUAUACUUUGCGGUGAUCCCCUUUUUUGGUCGAUGGAGAGCAGUGAACCUCUACAGGAUGUCAUGUGUGAGUUUCGUGCGGGUAAGAUGUCUCUUGAGGGGACACGAGUGGUUCCAGACACACGCAAGGGGCUUGUCCGUGUUGGUAGGGGUGAAGAAGGCUUAGUCCAUUUUCAGUGGCUUGAUCGCGGACAGAACAUAGUUGAAGAUGAUCAAAUUGUCUUUCCUGAUGAGGCUGUCUUCGAGAAGGUGUCAGAAUCUUCUGGAAGGGUUUACAUCUUGAAGUUCAAGCACGACAACAGAAAAUUUUUCUUCUGGAUGCAGGAACCAAAUGCUGAUGGGGACUCCCAGAUUUGCAUCCAAGUUAACGCCUACAUAAAUCGGCCACUAGAUGCUGAGGCAGAUCUUGCAGUGCCUAUCGAAGCAGAAAUGUCUGAAGAUACAGCUGAUGAUGAUAUCUCUUCCAGAGCUGGGAAUUUAGUUGAUCAGAGCAUGACUGCUGAUCUGGCUGGUGAAGUGACAUCUGCUGCUGGACCUGUACGCUUGGAGGACCUGCAGAGAAUACUCAGUGCAAUGCAGCCAUCAGGUGCUGCAGCUGACCCUGAUGCUGGACUAGGACUAGGAGACAUCUUGAAGCCUGAUUUGGUCUUGCCAUUAAUUGAGAACCUGCCCAUUGAACAAUUGGCAUCACAUCUUCCAGAGGGCUCAUGGACCCCCAGUGAUAUCCUUGAGCUUCUCCAAAGUCCUCCUUUGCGUCAACAACUAGAUGCAUUCACCCAUGUGCUACGGACUGGGCAAAUAGAUCUUGCUCAAUUUGGAGUUGACCCUAGUAAAUAUAAGUUUACAGUGGUCUCAUUCCUGGAGGCUUUGGAAGACUCAGUUGCGAAAGCAGAAUCCUCCUCCGCGUCUGGAGACAAGGAUGUGGAACCCAAGCGAGGCGGCGGAAACGAUCCCAUGGACGAGAGCUGAUAGAGCAGCACCCACGUACGCGUCUGAAUACGAAUCUUCUUCCCCUGUCAUGUGGGACAAGUCUUGUGUUUGCAUGAAACGCUCAUGGUGUACUUUGGCACACUACAAGUAAGCAUCUAGAUGAAUUUUGGACUCCCUGUGAACUAGUGCUAGGCAGCAGGAUGAUUAUUUGGGGGGUAAAAAGGCAUGUCCCAUUUCUAUGCCGACGAUUUGAGUAUUAUUAUUGCUUUGAUGUUUGA